CCAUUGACGUUUCCUUCCUCACCUUACCUCACCCCCCUCAGAAACGGAGUACAAAGUCUAGACGCGAGAGCACGUGACAGUAUCUCCCACCUUACCUAAGCACCAAUUUGAGAGACCGAUGACGUCCGAGGCUUUGAUGACCGCAUUCCAAUCGCCCUGGUCUCUCCCGCCUCUGUAGUGACAGCAGGCCGGCCUCACUCAACCCCAACAAUGCCCAUCUCCAAGCUUCAACCUACCUAGAACUGGACAUACCAACGGAGCACACUCAAUAUGUCAGCACCCGCCAGAUUACUCCCCCGCCUCCGGCCUCUUGUGCCGCGCAUCGCCCGUGUACCCCGAGGUGCCUUCAUCACAAGCCAGUCGCAAACCGGCCCGGCACCCAUCGAGCCCACCCAGACCCAAGCGCACCCGCUGGGCGCCUACUACGAUGCGAUCCUCAACGACCCCCAACCCAUCCCCGAUGUGAAGCCCGAGGAGCCCCCAAACUCCUCCGCCCACAAGCAGGAGCAAGGCCGUAAGACGUCGCCUCCCUCCCCAAGCCCAAGCCCAAAUCCAAACCCAACCACCGAACUCGUUGCUGAAGCUCUACCCGCACAGCCGGUGCCGAUGCCGCCGCCGCAAACCGCGGCUGAGAAGGCCGCCAUCGUCUUCGGCUCUGCCCUGGCCGGCCCUGCCGCGCGCCAGAAGCGUCUCGAGGAGUUGCGUUCCAAGAGCACGACGAUAGCGGGGGUGGUCAUUCCCCCGCGGCCGGAGGAGCCGGAUAACUGCUGCAUGAGCGGCUGCGUCAACUGCGUGUGGGAACGGUACAGGGAGGAGAUGGAAGACUGGUCGGCGGCGAAUGCGGAGGCACAGCUCAAGCUGAAGGAGCAGCAAGGCGCGAGCGAUUCAAAUACCAUGGAUGACGACGGCGGCGGUUCAGAUACCAAUUGGGUGCCGCAGGAUCCCAAGAUUGCCAAGAACAUGUGGGAUGAGAAGCUUUACGACGAUGUCCCCGUUGGCAUCCGAGAGUUUAUGAAGACGGAGAAGAAGUUGAAAGCUGUACAUGAAAAAGAGGGUACGACUGGAGGCUGAGGGGAACGGUACUUGGUUUCUCGGUUCUUUCUCCUUUCUUCUUCGUCUCAUAGCUUGCGUAGGAGGCAAUCGUCUUAAAAGUUCCAUCAUCAGCGUCAUCCAUAGACAUUUGUUACAAUACACAAUACCACAAUCAAGUUGGUUCCCAAGAGCUGUGGUGCUGAAGUAUUUACAGCAAAAAACCCACCACAUCCUCCCUGGCCAGCUGACUACUGUUUUAAUACAGGUG